UGCUACCUUACCCCGUCACUUGUUCCAAAGACGCCGAGCAUUCUACGAUUGAAUCACUAAAAUGGAGAGAUCCGGUAGAGAUGAAAAUGCUGAACCGGAAGUCCGCAAACGAAAUCGUCGAAGGUUGCUUUGGUGUUCUUCUUCGGCGCUGUGUGUUGUUGCCGCAGCUCUUAGCAGCAACGGUUUGUCGGCCUCGCUUACAGGAAAGUCACUACCUUUUCCAGCGUUAGGCCAUCUGCUUCAGUCUUCGAUGCCGAUCUUGGAAGACGAUGAUGAACGGUUGGGUAUGAAAUCGUCCAAGCGAAUGCUAGAAGAUGCUGCUAAUGGGAAUACUAGUGGACAGGAUGAUGCACAACAAGACGAAAGUCAGCAAGUCACCGAUGACCAAGCAGGUAUCAGCGCCCAAGAUCAGGAUGACGACAGCCAAACGGCUGGAGACGACGACCAGAAGCAGACGGAAGAAGAGGAGCAUCGAGGUCCAGACCAAGACGAUUGGUUUCGAGAUGGCUUUGCCGACGACACUUUUACCGACGAUGAUGCGAAAAAUAGGUACAGUGAAGUAGACGAUUUUUAUGCCUAUGUUGGCGACCCGCGUCCUCCGAAGCUAAUGCCACUUUCGAGUCGAGAAGUAAUUGGAUACUCUGUAGUGGCAAUGGCGUUGACUCUUGGAGCUAGUGGAGGGAUCGGUGGUGGUGGAGUCGUCGUACCGGUUUAUCUCCUCGUCAUGGGAUUGCAUCCUCAUUACGCCAUACCUAUCGCCAGUGUCACCGUUUUCGGAGGGGCACUCGCUAGUACUAUCGUGAACAUGCAACGUCGACAUCCACUAGCGGAUCGUCCCAUUAUUGACUGGGACCUUGUCUUAAUGAUGGAACCAUUGACAUUGAUUGGGACACUACUGGGUACCCUGUUUCAUCGGAUCUUGAGCGAAAAGAUUUUGAUUGUUUUACUAGUCUUGCUUUUGAGCAUAACAGCUCACUCAACGUUGAGCAAAGCCAUGCGCAUGUAUGAAGCUGAAAAACGCUAUAUUCGGCAUCUUAUAGCCGCCCAGGCCGAUUCUCCAAGAGGAAACCCAUCACUCGGAGGCUACGUGCUCCCGUUCGGUGACGAAGAUGACUCUCGGGCUGAUACUGGUUGUAAGGAAGAAGCCAGAAUGGCGGCAGAAGAGCGUCAACGUAUUUUGAUUCUUAAUCCAGACUUUCGAACGAUGAAAACAGAUUUGCUAGAGCAAGAGAAAGUGACCCCUCGAAGCAAGAUCAUAGCGCUUUGCUGCAUGUUUUCCGUACUUAUCUUUUUGAAUCUCAUGGUUGGUGGAGGUUCUUUCGAUAGUCCAUGGGACAUCAAGUGCGGCUCGACCGCAUUUUGGGUGGUGCAUGUUGUAAUGAUUGCAUUUUUGAUGUCAUCAGCGUGGAUGGCACAAACAUAUCUCAUUGCUCGACACGAGAUCAAGGAUAUGGUUCGAUUUGAUUAUGUCCACGGAGAUAUCAAGUGGGAUACUCGCACAUCCAUUAUCUAUCCAGCUGUAUUCACCAUCGCUGGGGUUUUCGCUGGAAUGUUUGGCAUUGGUGGAGGUGUCGUCAUUGUGCCGCUCUUACUGCACUCCGGAGUGCAUCCUGGCGUUGCAUCCGCAACAUCUAGCGCCAUGAUUCUGUUUACAAGUCUCGCAUCUGUCUCCACCUACUUCGUUUUUGGUUUAAUCGUUGCCGACUUUGCCAUGGCCGGCUUUGUCAUCGGUUUCAUAUCUUCUACUCUAGGACAAAUUCUCAUGCGUCGAGUCCGCCAAGCCAAAAGUGCCAGCGGACGCAAGUUUGAGCGCAACUCUUACCUCGCUUUUGUAAUUGGUGGCGUCGUCUUAGUGUCUGCCUUGCUGAUGACAAUUCAAUACGUCUUCAUGAUUGUCGAUCAGCCCGACGAAGAUACGUUUGGUGGUUUGUGCGAUGGACUGCGAUUCUAA